AUGGCUGGAGGUGAGGAAACUGCAAACACACUUGAAGCUACACCAACAUGGGCUGUGGCCACUGUUGUCUUUGUUCUGAUAGUGAUCUCCAUAAUAAUCGAGUAUUUGCUUCAUCUCUUACACAAGUAUUUUCAUAGGUUAAAGAGGAAGUCUCUCAUUCAGGCUCUUGAUAAGAUCAAAUCAGAAUUGAUGCUGUUGGGGUUCAUAUCGUUGCUACUAACUGUGGGCCAAAAGCCAAUUGCAAAUAUAUGCAUCCCAAAGAGCGUUGGUGAAUCUUUUCUUCCUUGCGAGAGCUCCACCUUUGGUCAUGCUGUCGAGGAAACCAAAUGCUCUGACCAGGGAAAAGUUUCUUUGAUGUCGAGGGAAGGUGCAUAUGAGCUGCAAUACUUAAUUUUUGUGCUUGCUAUGUUCCACGUUUCAUCUUGCGUCCUCACCUUUGCUCUUGGUAUGGCCAAGCUCGGUUGUCUGCUUUUGACUUUUGCAAACAUUAAGAUAAAACUCAAGUUGCAUUGUAACUUCAAAAAGAGGAAGGGAAAUUGUAGAGGGAAUUCCACAAUUGUGAACUCUAACAAACUAUUGAAAUCUGUGAUGAAGAGAUGGGAGUCUUGGGAGGCUGAAACCAGAACACUGGAGUAUCAAUUUUCUUACGAUCCAAGGAGGUUUCAGCUCACAUAUCAAACCUCAUUCGGGAAGCGACAUUUGAAGUGUUGGAGUGACAAUCGAUUACUUCGUUGGCCGGCUUCCUUUGUUAGACAAUUCUUUAAUUCUGUCUCCAAAUCGGAUUACUUCACUCUCAGGCAUGGAUUCAUAAUGGCUCAUUUUGCAGAAGGGAGCCAUUUUAACUUUCAAAAAUAUAUAAGAAGGAAUAUGGAGAAGGAUUUUGGUGUGGUUAUGGGGAUAAGCUGGUGGAUUUGGUUGUUCUCAGUAUUUGUCAUAUUCUUCAAUGCACAUGGUUUUUACAAUUAUCUAUGGGUUCCCUUUAUUCCUUUAGUGAUGCUGUUACUGGUUGGAACAAAGCUACAGGGCAUCAUAACUAAGAUGUGCCUUGACAGCCAUGAUAAAUCUCAUGUUGUCAGAGGAACUUUGCUUAAUUCCUUUCAGCUGGCAUUCUUCAUAUGGACUUGGUACAAGUUUGGCUUAAGAUCAUGCUUCCACCAUGAAACAGAGGAUAUUGUGAUAAGGCUGGGCAUGGGUGUAAUUGUGCAAAUCCUCUGUGGCUAUGUCACUCUGCCUCUCUAUGCUUUGGUCACACAGAUGGGCACAUCAAUGAGAAAAGCAGUUUUCACUGCAAACGUGGUUAAAGGGCUGAAAAAAUGGAGAGCCAAGGCCAGGAAGAACCUGGCUCUUAGGAACCACCCUCACUCGGCACGACUCUCGUUGGAUGCUUCUCUUGAAACUUCACUUUCUCUAGGCACUUCACCUUCUUUAAGUGGUCAUGAUGCUUCAUUCUCGACUGUGGAUUUUGAUCGUCCGUCUGACGAUGCUGAAUAUGUAGCACUUGAAAUAAGGGAGGCCCAAAAGGCACAAGGAGAAACAAGCACUUGA